AUGGAUCCACUAAGUGAGUAUAAAAAGUCUGUGCAGAAGCGGUUGGAUGCUGCUGAUCUCCUGGUGGAGCGGGUAGUGCAGGAGAACACUCUGUUGCGGCAGAAGCUGGAUUCUCGAGAUGUGGAGCUGGAGAGUGUGAAGGAGCAAUUGGCUGUGUUGCGUAGCAAGCGGGAUGAACUCGAUGAGAGAUCCCAGAAGGAUAAGGAGACUAUAGAGAUUAUCAAGGAUCUGUUUGAGCACUUGUGUGGGGUACGUGUGCACCGCACGUAUGAGGACGAUACUGGUCUGUGGUUUGAUACUAGCCAGGGGUCCAAGAAUGGCAUUAUGGAUUACAAGCUAGGGUUUGUGAAAUCUCAAGCUGAGAACACCACGGAAGUUGAUACGGAGGUGAUAUACGUGCCGUUGUUGAAACAGCGUACUGCAGAGGAGUUGCAAGAGUUACAGAAGAAACUGCCGGACUAUCUGUUCGAGACAUUGAGUUUCCCACUCCGAUCCUUGAACCAGUUCUACAUCAAAAUGUCAAAAUCCCUGAACAAGAAAGUUUAA